CCUACUAACUCUUGACAGCAGAGGCAGAGCCAGCCUAGUAAUAGGGAUUCGUUCAAACCUCUCUUGGACGACAAAUUAUAUUAUUAAUAUAUGAUUAAAAUGAUUUUUAUGUAUAUAUUAUAGAUGUUGAACCACUUUCGGUGAACUUUUCUUCAGAUUUUGAACCCCCUCGGCAUAAAUCCCCGCUCCUCCUUUGCUUGGUGGUCAACAAAUCAAUGAUAUAAGUUAAAUGCUUCUCUGCAGAGUUAAUUUAAUGUACUUCAUUCUUGUACCUCUUCUAUGGCAUUCAAAGACAUUGCCAUUCUUCUUUUCUUCAUCAUAAUUCUUCAAUUCCAACUACACAAAUCAAUAGCAUGGAUAAAAGUUGGUUAUUGGCAAUAUGAUACACUAAAUCCUCCCAAUAUACAAAGCAUAAAUUCAACUCUUUAUACUCAUCUAAUCUAUGGCUUUGUUGAUCUUAACUUCAACAUAUCAACAGAUCAAAUGUUUGUCAUAAUAUCAGAUGAUAAUGAUGAGCAAAUCAAAAACUUCAAUAGCAUUGUCAAGAGAAAAAAUCCAACACUCAAAACAAUUUUAUCAAUUGGUGGACCAGGCCAAUCUACUAGUUCAUCUACUAUGGAAUUACUGAUGUCUAACACAUACUUCCCUGGAAGAAAAUACUUCAUUGAAUCAUCCAUCACUAUCGCGCGAUCGUAUGGUUUUGAUGGCCUUGAUUUCUGCUGGUUUUGGCCUAGUUCGUCCCAAGAAAUGUCGAAUUUGGCUACCCUUUUGGAUGAUUGGAGAGUAGCUAUUGAUCUUGAGUCCAAACAGGUGAAAAAGCUGCGACUUUUAUUAACAAUGGCUGGUAAAUACACACCUUGGAUUGAAGCUUUGAGUUAUCCAAUUGAGUCGAUGAGGAAAAAUUUGGAUUGGUUACAUGUAUUUGCAUUUGAUUACUAUGAACCAGGGACAACAAAUAACACAUCUCCUGUUGCUGCAUUGUAUGAUCCAAAUAGUGAUUUGAACACUGAUUAUGGUAUCAAUGCUUGGAUCAAAUCUGGUUUUCCUAGUCAAAAUCUUGUUUUAGGAUUGCCAUUUUUUGGCUAUGUGUGGACAUUGGUUAGUCAAAAAAACAACCAAAUUGGCGCGAUGGGUACAGGUCCAGGGCCGAAAGAUUAUUCAUAUGGUACUGAGGCUGGAACUGAGGCGUUCGUGAGUAUAAAUAGUAUAUUGAGCUUCAAUGAUAUCAAGAGAAAUGUGAUAAAGUAUCGCGCUAAUAAUUCAUUGUAUAAUUCAACUUAUGUGAUGAAUUAUGUCUCUAUUGGGACAAGUUGGGUUGGUUUUGAUGAUGUUGAGGCAGUUAAAACCAAAGUUUCUUAUGCAAAAGAGAGGAAUUUGGGAGGCUAUGUGGUAUGGCAAGUCUUAUAUGACUGGAAUUCUGUUCUAUCUCAGGCCGCUGCAGCAGAAGUUAAAGAUUUACAAGAAGGGGCAGCUAGUGAUCAGUCAAUUGGUAUGCAAAAGAAGAAAAAACUCAAUCAACUGAUCAUCAUUUUGAUUCCAAUGGGAUGUCUAUUGAUGUUGUUGUUGCUUGUCUUUACACUAUGGCAUCUUAAAAGGAGAAAAGUACUCAAAUUUAAAGAGAGAAUGGCAAGGAACAAAAUUGGAAGUGAAAAUAAUGAAGAAAAAGGAGAUGAAGAAACAAGAACUUUGCAAGUAUAUAGUUUUGAUGAGAUGAAGGAAGCUACAAAUAAUUUUUCAGUUGAAAAUGAGCUUGGAAAAGGUGGAUAUGGAACUGUUUACAAG